AUACCGGCAGUCGUAGUAAGCGGCUCUGGUGAAAAUCAAGAGUUUGAAGGCAGGAUAACGGUGUAUGUCACAGUUUGUGUGAUCAUAGCAGCCUUCGGAGGCUUGAUGUUUGGAUAUGAUGUUGGCAUUUCAGGUGGAGUAACAUCCAUGGAUGAUUUCUUAAAAAAAUUCUUUCCAGUUGUGUAUAAAAAGAAACAACAUGCUCAUGAAAACAAUUACUGCAAAUACGAUAACCAAUCCCUCCAGUUGUUCACGUCAUCCUUGUACAUUGCUGCUUUGAUAGCAAGUUUUGUAGCUUCAAAGGUGUGCUCAAAAGCUGGUAGGAAACCAACCGUGCAAAUUGCUUCAAUUUUCUUCUUAAUAGGCGUGGUUUUGACUGCUGGAGGUCUCAACAUCGAAAUGAUAAUUUUUGGAAGAAUGUUUCUUGGCUUUGGUGUUGGGUUUGCCAAUCAAGCGGUACCACUCUUCUUAUCGGAGAUAGCUCCAACUAAUAUUCGUGGAGCACUCAACAUAAGUUUCCAGCUCUUCAUUACCAUUGGCAUUUUGUUAUCCAAUCUGGUAAACUACUUUACAGGAAAUAUCCAUCCUCAUGGAUGGAGAAUUUCUCUUGGCAUUGCUGGUAUCCCUGCUUCAAUGCUUUGUGUGGGAUCUAUACUCAUUUGUGAGACUCCAACUAGCCUUAUUGAACGUCACAAAGUUGAGAAAGGAAGGAAGGUUCUGCGGAAGAUUCGUGGUGUCGAAAAUGUUGAUGACGAGUUUGAUUCUAUUGUACAUGCUUGUGAGAUGGCAAGGCAAGUAAAGGACCCUUUCCGCAAGCUAAUGAAGCCAGUUAGUCGACCCCCACUAGUGAUUGCCAUCUGUUUGCAAAUUUUCCAGCAAUUUACUGGAAUCAACGCUGUAAUGUUCUACGCUCCUGUUCUAUUCCAGACCGUGGGAUUUGGGAAUGAUGCUGCAUUGCUUUCAUCUGUUAUUACUGGCCUUGUCAAUGUGUUUAGCACUAUAAUUUCAAUAUAUUUAGUAGAUAAGGCUGGCAGGAGAAUUAUGCUACUUGAAGCUUGUGUCCAGAUGCUCAUUUCCCAGGUUAUUAUUGGCAUAAUCCUUUUCAAAGGAUUGAAAGCCACGGGUGCCAAUCUUUCCAAAGGGGAGGCAAUCUUUGUGGUGGUCUUGGUGUGUACCUUUGUCAUGGGCUUUGCCUGGUCCUGGGGGCCUCUUGGCUGGUUAAUUCCUAGCGAGGCUUUCCCUCUGGAGACCAGAUCAGUUGGUUUUGCCUUUGCAGUCAGCACCAAUAUGCUCUUCACUUUCGUCAUUGCUCAAGCUUUCCUCUCAAUGCUUUGCAAGAUGCAAGCUGGAAUAUUUUUCUUCUUCGCUGCCUGGAUUAUCAUAAUGGGAGUGUUCACUUGGUUCUUGUUGCCUGAGACAAAAGGUGUUCCGGUUGAUUCUAUGGUUGAUAAAGUCUGGAAGCAGCACUGGUUCUGGCGUUCUUUCGUAGCCGAGGAUGAAUUUAGGACUGAUGUUAAGGUUGUCUAA